CGCAGCGACACGAGAAGGAGCUGGUGUCUGUUCGACUGCCUGCCUGCCUGCCUGCACCUGCUGUGCCGCACGCUGCUUGGCCAUCUUGCACAAAGACGCGAGACAGACCGCGCGUGUUGGAAUUCACAUUGAACCCUCAUAAUGCCGUCCGACAUUCGCUCGUUCUUUGGUGGCAAGCCUGCAGGCACGCCGGCCGAGAAGCCCAAGUCCAAGGAGGAACCCAAGAAGCGAGGCCGACCACGGAAAGUUGUGGAAGAUGACGAGGAUGACGACGAGCCUGUUGCGAAGAAAACUUCCCCUAAGAAGUCCGCUGCGAAGAAGAAGGUUGAGCCAGAACCCGAACUUGAAGAGACGACCGCGAGUGCUUUCUUUGGCGGCGGAAAGCCCAAACGUUCUGAAGCUGUGAGACCGAAGAAGGAGAACACUGGUACUGCCCAGAGCACCCCUCAAAAGGCCACUCCGAAAGCCAAGGCCAAUGGCACGAAAGCUAGCGGCAAGACCUCGAGCCGAUCGAAAAAGGCUACGAGUUACGUCGACCUUGAUGCCGAUGAUUUCCCCGAUGAUGAUAUGGAAGACAAUGCAGACGAUGAAUUUAAAGCUGCAGCCAAGGUUGGCAAGCGGAGGGGCGAUGACUACGAGGAGGGCACUGAUGAGGAUGAGGAUAUGAUCCAGCCAAAGAGAAGGGCCGCGGGCAGGCAGAAAAAGCUUCAAGACAAUGGACAAGAUGAUGCAGAUCCGGACGAGGACAUCGAUAUGAAGGACACGAAUCCUGAUGACGAUUUCGUAGUGCCAGACGAUGACGAGGAGAUUGUCGAGAGUAAGCCGGCCAAGAAGACGCCCGUCAAAAGCUCGAAGAAGCGAAAAUCGACUGCAAUCGAGGAAGACGACGACGAUGACCUAGAGAUCGAAGAAGUGAAGCCUGCCAAGAAGCGUGCGACACCUCAGAAGAAGACGACAGCUGCGUCCAAGAAAGCGAAGAAGGAUGCUCCUCAGGAUAGCGCAGAAGUGCAAGCCAUAUUUGAUAGCAUACCAACGAUAAAACCUCCGUCACCUCCCAGCAAGAAGGACGGUGAGGAUGGCGGCAAGCCAAAGUUCCAAUUUGGUGCACAGCACGCCAAUUCCGCCGUGCCUGCAGGGGCAUUAUCCGAUUCAGAUAUGCCCUCAGGAGCGGAAAACUGUCUUGCUGGAUUAGCAUUUGUCUUCACAGGGCAGUUGGAGCGAUUGGGCCGCGAGCAGGGACAGAACCUGGUGAAACGCUACGGAGGUCGCAUUAUGAGCGCGCCAUCGAGCAAAACCAGCUACGUCGUGCUUGGUGAGGACGCUGGACCAAAGAAGCUCGCCACCAUUCAGCAACACAAGCUCAAGGUCAUCAAUGAAGAAGGCUUGUUUGAGCUUAUACGACGCUUGCCCGCCAACGGAGGUUCCGGCGCUGCAGCAGAAAAGUAUGCCGAAAAGAUGGCCAAGGAGGAGGAACAGAUCCGAGAACAAGCUGCAGAGCUGGAACGUGAAGAGCAGGAGCGAAAGGCUCGUAUUGCGGCGAAAGCUGCAAAGCAGAGCCCGGUCAAGCAGGCUUCGAAAGCUGCUCCGGCCGCGUCAAAAUCGGAUAAAGGCAAGCAAGCAGCAGAUGGCCCUGAUAGUCGAUUGUGGACUGUCAAGUAUGCUCCGACGCAGAUGUCCAUGAUAUGCGGCAACAAAGGACAAGUGGAAAAGCUGCAACGCUGGCUGCGCGCUUUUCCGAAGAACCAGCGGACCGGCUUCAAAAUGCCCGGACCAGAUGGCUCUGGCACUCAUCGCGCCGUGAUGAUCCAUGGACCCCCUGGCAUCGGCAAGACCACUGCAGCACAUCUUAUUGCUAAGAUGGAAGGCUACGACAUCGUCGAAUCCAACGCGUCUGACACUCGCUCGAAGAAGCUUGUUGAAAACGGGCUGAAGGGCACACUAGCAGCCACCUCUCUUAUGGGAUACUUUUCACAAGGAGUCGAGGACGUCAAAGAAGCAAACAAAAAGAUCGUCUUGGUCAUGGACGAAGUCGACGGUAUGAGUGCCGGAGAUCGUGGAGGUGUGGGAGCACUGGCUGCAGUAUGCAAGAAGACCCAGGUCCCCAUGAUCCUGAUCUGCAAUGAUCGGAAGUUGCCCAAGAUGAAACCAUUCGACUUCUGCACUUUUGAUCUGCCUUUCCGUCGACCUACUACCGACCAGAUUCGAGCACGCAUCAUGACAAUUGCAUUUCGAGAAGGCAUGAAGCUACCCCCUCCAGUCAUCAACGCACUGAUCGAAGGAUCUGGUGCCGAUAUCAGACAGGUGAUCAACAUGAUCAGCCAAGCCAAAUUGGACGAUCAGGCAAUGUGCUUCGAAGACGGGAAAGACAUGAGCAAAGCUUGGGAGAAGCACACCGUCCUCAAGCCGUGGGAUAUGGUGGGCAAGAUUCUUGGCGGAGGGCUGUUCAACGAAGCGUCCAAGUCGACCUUGAACGACAAGACUGAACUUUAUUUCAAUGAUCACGAAUUUGCACCCCUCAUGUUGCAGGAGAACUAUCUUGGCACGAAUCCACAGCGGUCCAACAAGUACAAUGAUCAGCCUAGCAGGAAGCGAUUGGCGGCUUUGGAACUGGCAAGCAAGGCGGCAGACUCCAUUAGUGAUGGAGAUUUGGUCGACCGCAUGAUCCACGGCAGUCAGCAGCAAUGGUCACUCAUGCCCACACAUGCUGUCUUCAGCUUUGUACGUCCUGCAAGCUUCGUGUAUGGCAGCAUGGCUGGCUCGCAGACGCGUUUCACUGCUUGGCUCGGCAACAAUUCCAAGACGGGCAAGCUGUCAAGAUUCGUGAAGGAGAUCCAAGGACACAUGCGUCUGCGGGUCACAGCAGACAAGAACGAGAUUCGGCAGACAUACUUGCCGAUUUUGUUUGAGAAGCUCGUCAAGCGCUUGCAAAAGGAAGGCAAGGAUGCUGUGCCAGAGAUAAUCGAGCUCAUGGAUUCGUACUACCUCACCAAGGAUGACUGGGAUGCUAUUCUGGAGCUUGGUGUGGGCGGGGCUGAUAUGGAGCACGUCAAGAUCGAGACGCAGGCGAAGGCCACGUUUACUCGACAGUACAACCAAAUGUCUCAUCCGCUGCCAUUCAUGAAGGCCUCACAAGUUGUAGCGCCGACAAAAGCUCCAGCGAAGGAGAAGCCUGACCUUGAAGAAGCCUUCGAGGAAUCCGCUGAUGAGGGUCCUGACGAGACUGCCGUCAAGAAAGAGGAAGACGAGGAAAACGACCUUAGCAAAGAUAAGUAUGUCAAGCAGCCGAAGAAGCGCAAGGCUGCUGCUACCAAAGCUGUCGCCAGCAAGAAGAAGAAGACCGCGAAAGACGAUGAUGACGAUGAAGAAGAGGAGGAGAAGCCCAAGAAGGGCAAAGGCAAGGCUCGUGCAAAGAAGUAAUUGUUGAUGAGUUGUGCUCCAAGCAGUGAUGGUGUUGUGGAAUUGUCCUGAACCACUUGUCGAUUGUCUAUUGUCAUUGCAAGCAGGUCUUCCGGUGAGAGAGCAUCAGCUGUACCAUACGUUCGUCGUUCGAGCAUGGAUCUACAGGACAUUGAGCAUGAAAGCAAACUAGAUAUUGUCUUGAGACUGCUCUGAACAUCGGUCUGCCUAUCUCCAAGGCUGACCAAUCAUAAGUGCCUGCACCCACCUAUCUCCCCACUUCACAAGGC